UUGAGAAGGGCUCCAUGCUCUCAGGCAACUACUGUUUACUCCAGCCAGGACUGGGGAGAGAGGGGGGUGCCAGCCUGAGGGGACGGGGCCAGCCUUCUCAGCAGCCCCUUGUCUCUCCAAAGAGGCUCACACUGCAAUAGUCCUCAGGCAAAGAGCUGCCGCCUCACCUCUGCUCAGGGAGCGCUGGUAGCUCCUCCCGUUCCGUGCAUAUCUCAGUGCCCAAAUGAGUUUUGCAAUAAAGGAGCUGUCACUGUGCAUAGGUGGGAAAGAAGUGUGAGAGCUCAUUCGCUUGCUCCUGCUGCUGCUGUUGGCCCAAGGACGGGAGAGACAGGACAGCUCCUUUCUGGAGUUGCUGCACCUUCAGAGUGAGACAUCCCUCCUCCUUAUUUGCAAGCCUCUCUGUGUCUGGGGAAGGACACUUCCCAGAGCCGCCAGAAACAAGGACCGGGCUGCAAGGGAAACUGGGGCAGAGCAGCCCUGGGGUGUGACAGACAAGCAAGGCUCCCUCCCCAGGGACAUCUAAGAACCAAGCUGCAGUGUUCUUUGCUUGGGAACCACCGGGCCCUGCCUCCUGAGAUUGGACACAUGGAUUGUAUCAUCCAAAAGGCCGAAGCCCUGGACGGGGCUCAUCUGCUGCAGGUCAUCUGGGACGAGGGAGGGAAGUCGCUAUACCCAGCUGUGUGGCUGAGGGACAACUGCCAGUGCUCCGACUGCUACUUGGAUUCUGCAAAAGCCCGGAAACUUCUCCUGGAAGCUCUUGAUGUGAACAUCACCAUUAAAGGCCUGACAUUUGACAGAAAGAAGGUUUACAUCACGUGGCCCCACAAGCAUUACAGCGAAUUUGAAGCUGACUGGCUGAAGAAAAGAUGCUUUUCCCAGCAGGCCAGAGCAAAGCUGCAAAGCGAAUUGUUUUGGCCAGAAUGUCAGUACUGGGAUGCAGAGCUCCAGCUGCCUACUCUGGAUUUUGAAGAAGUUUUAAAAAAUGAUGAAGAUACAUACAAGUGGCUUUCCACCCUCAAGAAAGUAGGCAUCGUGCGACUCACUGGAGCAGCUGAUAAACGAGGAGAAAUUGCGAAACUCGGGAAAAGGAUCGGCUUCCUCUAUCUCACAUUUUAUGGACAUACUUGGCAAGUGCAAGACAAAAUUGAUGCCAACAACGUGGCUUACACAACUGGGAAGCUGAGCUUCCACACCGAUUACCCAGCUCUCCACCAUCCGCCUGGGAUUCAGCUUCUGCACUGCAUUAAGCAAACGGUCACCGGGGGCGACUCGGAAAUUGUGGAUGGAUUUAACGUGUGCCGAAAGCUCAAGGAAAAGAAUCCCCAGGCUUUCCAGAUUCUGUCCUCUACCUUUGUGGACUUUACAGACAUCGGAGUGGAUUACUGUGAUUUCUCUGUGCAAUCUAAGCACAAAAUUAUCGAGUUAGAUGAUAAUGGCCAAGUGAUUCGCAUCAACUUCAACAACGCAACCAGAGACACCAUCUUCGAUGUCUCCGUGGAGAGGGUGCAGCCUUUCUACGCCGCCCUCAGGGACUUCGUCAACCUCAUGAACAGCAAAGAGCUCAAGUUCACCUUCAAGAUGAACCCAGGCGACGUGAUCACCUUCGACAACUGGCGCGUGCUGCACGGCCGGCGCGGCUACGCGGCGGGCACGGAGAUCACGCGGCACCUGGAGGGCGCCUACGCCGACUGGGACGUGGUGCUGUCCCGCCUGCGCCUCCUGCGGCGCGGCGUGCGGCGAGGGGUCCAGGCCGCGCGCCCCGACCUGAGCUGAGCCGAGCCGAGCCGAGCCGAGCCGAGCCGAGCCGAACCGACCCGACCCGACCCGACCCGACCCGACCCGAGCCGAGCUUGCGCUCCAUGGCCGCGCCCUCAGCCUCAGGGCGUCCAGGAGCCGAGUCUCCCGGCAGGUGCGCCUCUGCAGUCCUCUCUCCUGCCCCGGUGUCUCCGCGGGGGCACGCUCAGCUUUGUGUAGGGUCAAACACUCUCCAAAGACAGCUUUUCUGAAAGUGAAUCUGUUGCUCCAAGCAAAGCUGUCUGCAUUUCCCCGCAGCCACGGCGGGGUUCCUCAGAAGUCAAGCAUCGGAGCCCGGACCCCGACCCCGAGCCCGACCCCGACCCCUCGGGUCUUCCCCAGGAGUAAAGCACAUCGCGGUGACGGCGCGCGCACGCGUUUAUAGGGAGCUGAGGCUGGCAGCGGCGCUGUCUGCCAGCCGGUGAGUGCGUAAAGGAAAUACGGCUGCCGGGACUCAGCCCGAGUCCGAUCCCGGUACCAGAAAACAAAAAAAGAAGAUAGGGCGUUUGUUCUCAGUGGAGUACUGCCUUGCCAGAAGGAAAGGUAAACUUUUGUAGGAAAACGGACGCACCUUGAGACCAUAAUGUUAAAUGAAUAAAUCAGAUGCACGAGUUAAAUAUCAUAUGGUUUUUCCUAUAUGAGAAACCCAGAGUAUAAAUAAACCACAAAAUAAAAGACAGAUAAUAGGCAGUAGGGAGACAGAUCUUCCUCAGAGGCGAAAAGGAUUGAGAUGGGGGGAGGGGAGGGAAAAAGAAACGAGGAAAAAUGGAAAUAGAGCUUUUGCAAAUUGGAAGAGGACCAAGAAAGGAUUGGGAAGGAUGGGAGGGGUAGGGAAAGAAAAAGGAAUUAAUACGUAUUGUUUCCAUGUACCAAGGCCCCACGAUAAAUGUAAUCAUGUCCUACAAACGUGGACUAAUGAAAAAUGUUUUUCAAAACUCGUGUCCACACGUUCCUGCCUUGCUGUCCCUGGGCUCUCCUUCAUGGCUCCAUAGGACUGUCGGUAGCUUGCAGGAGAAAAACUUCACAUUCUCAAAGCUCUUUAUUGUUCACUUUUAUUACUGGAUUAUAUUACCCAAUUUCCAGUCAUCACCAACUGGAUGAUCUCAACAUUUUUUGUAAUAGAUGAUGAUAGCAAACCCCAGCAUGUCACAUUCAGAGAAAGUCCAGCUUCCCCCGAUUUUUCUUGCCUGGGAUAGCUGUCCCCGUGAAUGUCAGCAUCCUAGCCCGUGUCAGCGGGUCAGUUUUCGCUCCUUGCCUUCAACUAGGAACAGGGAAGGGGAGGCCCAGGUGGGCGUGGCGCCCGUGAGUGGACCCCACACCUGCCGGCCGGUGGGUGGGCAUGUCCCCUACCCCGCUGGCCGGGUGGAGGGAGGCAGAUGCUGCAGAGGCCUCCCAGGUCUGUCUCCCCGUGCCUCCCCUGACCAAGAGGACUCAGAGUCAGCACUGCCCCAACCCUGGAGGACUCGGAGCUUCUGGACAGGACGUGGGGUCCAGCUGGGCCUCCUGUCAAGUCUCAUCACCAUCCCCGCUCGGGGAAGGGUCUGUUGCCCAGUGGAACCCUAUGGGAGCAUUAAUUCCACACGUUUUACUUCCGCUUCGCUGUAACUUCCACAAGGCCCAUCCACAGCAACAGGAAUGUGGCUGGAGACACUGGACACUCCUCUGGACACUCUGGACACUCUGGACUCCGGCAAGGAGGCCACAGCACCAGUCCACACCCCUUCUCCCCUCCUGGGAGCUUCCUUGUCCUUUCUCAUCCUCUGGUCCUGACUAGGACUCUGUAGUGUGUAGCAAGUCUGAUUCCCUUGAACUUGACCAUGAAAAGGAAAGCACCGGGUGCUUAUUCUGCACAAAAAUGCUCCUGGAAGGACAGUGGCUGAGCUCACUGGAGGCAUGGCUGGUUCCAAGCCACAGUGACCCUGUCCACGUAUGCACAGCAUCUACACAUCUACAGCGGAGACUCUCCAGGUGACACCUGGCGGGUGUUUCUCACGCAGCCAGCGUGUGCGUACUCUGCUGGCUUCAAACCGGCCUCCUAGCCUGCCAAGGUAAGAGGUAUGGAUGUAGAUCGAGACAUCCCUGUUCGAAGAGUGGUCACAGGAAGGCAAGCAAUCCAGACAGAUGAGGCAUGGAAUCCACAGCCCAUACUGGAUUAGGAAAGUGAGUAGUAACUUUGAAGCAAAGAGAGGGAAAUAACUUUCCAUGUUAAAGAACAAAAGAGGCACUGAAAAUUGAGAGUAAACACAGGGCCUGGGCUGAUCUGUGAGAAGAGUAGACCCUGGGUAAAUUUGAGGGCUGGUUUGAAUCAUAAGGUUGAUGACCAGUUAGCCGCAAGUCUUCCCCUUAACUUCAUUUAUUCCUCUCUAAAAAUGAGACAAGUAGCAGUUCUUACUUCAUUACAUUCUAAAAUGGAAGCUUAAGGAAAGCAGGGUUUUCCCCAGUUUCUCAAACAAUUAGUCACAUGCACGGUCCUUUUAUAAAGAGUAAACACACAGCUCCCCGACGGCCUAUGAAGAAUGUGAUUCAGUAGGUCUGGGGGGAGGACCAGGACUUGUAGUUUUAGCAAGCACCCAGGUGAUACCCAUCAUUGGGAAGCUUUGGACAAUCCUGAUCUAGCGCAUCAGGGCAGUUACAGCUCAGGGUAGGAACUCAGUAGAUGUUAGAUGUUGUUACUCAGAGUAGCAGAUUGGAGAGGGAGAGGGUGGGGUAGGGUGAGGAGAACUACUCAAGGCUGGAGGAGCAACAGGGCCAAGGCCUGAAAUGUCCACUCCAUGCUGCAUUACUGGGUUGGUGUUGCAUCUUGGAAAGCAAAGGAGAAGCCAUUUAAAACUGUGUAAACAAUAAAGUGCCUCGAUCAGAUAUUCACUUUUAUAAGAACCAGCUGGCUUCUCUGCGGAGGGAACUGUAAAUGAAUCAAACCAAAAGUCAAAGACCUGCUUAUGUGGUUACUAAAAUGAAGGAGGACUGCACAGAACACUGGUGAGGCAGGAGAGCUCCUAGCAGGCUGGGUCUAGAGGGCUCAACCCACUGCACGGAAGGAGAGGGGGAUCCUCAGGAGCUCCACGGGGUUCCUGUAGGAGAAACAGCCUGUGCAGGGGAAAGACAGGCCCACAACAGCAGGACGGAGCAUUCAAUUCGGUUUUGAGCAAACAGCUCGGGCUGCCGCCAUGCUCGUCCGCAGGGUUCACAGGUGCAUGGGAACGCGGCACAGAGCCCCAAUUCGAGACCUGCAGAGCUCAGAGGUGGUGCUGGAAGUCACCACUGGAUUUCCUGUGACGAGAGUCACAACCCUAAUGGUGACCUGGCCAGCCUCGUUUACAGAGUCCAUUAGACACAAAACAUGGGCUCUUACCACAAACCUUUGAUACCUGCAUUCCGUCUCUGAGGACGGCGCUCCCAGUUGCUUCUCACUAGCCUUGCUGCUUUCUUCUCUGCUGCAAAUAUGCUUUCUGCCCCAGGAAGGAGAAACAGAAGGACUGGAUUCGAUUACAUCACUGUCUGAAGUGUUGUAUAUGACAUGACAUAUUACGGGCUAUGCCGGCUGGUGCUGACUGCAGAGGAUUAGGUGUCCUGGAUACAAUCCUUCAAAGAACUGCUUUUCCCCCAGCAUCCUCCAUGUAACUUGGGUUCGAGUUUACCCCUAUUGGCAGUGUAGACACACAGCGCCUCGUACUCCUCAGGUCUGACUUAGAGAAUGUUAGCUGCCUGGCUAGUUAACGGAAAAACCCCCGGGUCACCAGGAUGGUGGCUCCCACCUCGUCCUCACCACUCUGCUUCCUUCCAGCCAACCCUAAACCGGGAGCAGAUGAGCAUUAAGCAGAGGAAGGACUUCUAUAGAAAAACUAAGUGAUGUGGAGGAAAUUUCUCUUCUAGAGUUUAGAUUAUGAAACAAUAUAUUUUAUAAGCCAAGUACUCCUUUAUGUUUAAUGUCAUUUGGGGGAUGGAUUUGUGCAAAGCUCAUGCUAUGAGAAUGUGAUGAACGUGGACCCUGUGGCGGGUGCAUAUUUCUGUGACUCUGUGGUCUUCUCCAGCUGUCUAUAGGAAUAGCCUUUUUUUACACUGUACAGCUGGAAAAUUCCUCUUUCUCCUUCAAAAUUCAGCUCAAGAUCCUCCACUCUUACCUCCCACGUAGCAGUAAUCCAGCAGCUAUCUGCAAAGGCAUCUUUGCAGUUUGGGGAACCAGGUAGGAGGUUACAAAACCCCAGGGGAGCAGAAACCAAGAAGGCAGAUACACUGAGGUCGCAGGCUCAGCAGCUGUAUCUCCAGCCUUGGACCCAGACACAGCCCCUCCCCUGUGGACUCAGAUGCAGCCUGUGUGGCCUUAGUUCUCCCCCGGUGUCACCUGCCAAGGUACCCAGAAUAAGUCAUCCCCCUCCUGGGUCUAGGAAAACCGAAUAGCAACCUUGUUCCAGUGGAGGCCCCCGAGGCGGCGUAUGACCUAGCUCCAGCCCCGCUCAGCCUCCAUCGCUGCAGGUGACCCAGCCGGAGAUUGCCUGUCAGUGGCUGUGGAGGAAGACCUGCCCCUGGGCCCCACAGUAGAUCCUGAGACAGCCCAGCCACCCAACCCAGCCCCACUCAGCUGCAGGCCAGGCACAGUGCUGCCCCCCCACCCCGGGUGCCCACUUUGAGUCGUGCCUGCUCGGUCCCCAGAAGCAGACUGGCAACCUCAGUCAGCUUGCAGAUCCUGAAGCAGCCCUAGAAAACUGCUCAGAAGCCCAGCAGAAGGCACAUCCAUCUACGAACCUGCACAGCAGUCUCACUUAUGUUCCCUGAAGCCGCCCUAUGACUCUGUUCUGAGUCCGGUCUGCCCAAAAGCUCACUGAGGACCUGCUGAGAGUUUUCCCCUGUCCCUGGUGAGAGCUACUGUAAGCCCAGCAGUGAACCUCUGCCUGUGGACCUAACUACAGAUGCGAAGCAGACCCCUGGCCCACUACUGACCAGGUCCUGGAGGCAGUCUGGUCCACCCCAUGGCCACACAAGUGCACACCUGCCUCAUCCAGCAUAACGGGCUAUCUAAUAACAGCCCUGCAGAUCCGCUGGCUGCCUAGGGUUGGCUACAGGCCCAUUCAGCUGUGAUCCUGGUGGCAAAGACCCAACAGCAGAAGGUCGUCACCUGCUGAAGCCAGCCUGCAAAGACCAGAAGGGUUCGCACCUCCACGGACACCCACACAAGGCUACACAGAUCUCAGAGGAGACAAACACAACACCA